AUGGUAAGACAGAUUCUUCUCAGAUCUGAGAAUAGUGAGAAUGUCUCUUUCUCUCUUUCUGACUAAUAAACUCUCAGUGGAAUGUCUUAUCACUUAUCACCAUGGUAAUUAACAGCUAAAGAGAAACCAGAGACCGUCACCCCCUGUCAUGUGAUCCUCCAUUGGUGGACUUGACUCCAACAGCUAUCUGUUUUCUCUGUAUGGCCUUGCCCCCAACCAUUAACUUCAGCCUCUCAACCUAUAACAAGCACUUAAACACAACCAUGACACUGACCUUAAACCUGACCCACUCUUUGUGCGAACAAGAGACAAAAUAGAGAGAAACUGAGAGGGAGGGAGAGAGAGAGAAAAGGAGAGAGAGAUGGGGUUUGUUGUUGGAUUGAAUGCAGUUCAUAGCCCUAGGUAUGUUGCAGCCUGCUGUGUCCUCCUUUCCAUUGAAUUAUAUUUCUUGUAAGAUCAUCUUGUUUUCUCCUUGUUCAUUUCUUCCUCCGUUGUAUUAUAAGAAUGUAGUCUUCUCACAGUAAUUGAGUGCUAUUGAAAAAGCCUGGAUUGACACCAUAGGAUGAUAGGGAGAGAGGGAGAGAGGGAGAGAGGGAGAGGGGGAGAGAGGGCAGAGAAAAGAGGAAGAGGUGGAACCACUGUUUUCCUCUGAAGAGAGAGUGCGUGUCUAGCAUUAGAGAUCUCUUAGCAGAUGGUGUGUGUAUUUACCUGCCCAUGAUGACGCACAGGAGAGAAUGGGCACCCACUAGUUGAAUCAACGUUGUUUCCACGCCAUUUCAAUUAAAUUACAUUGAAAGUUUGUGCCCAGUGGGAUAUCACUCUGACACCUUUACAUACAUUUACAUUUACAUUUACGUCAUUUAGCAGACGCUCUUAUCCAGAGCGACUUACAAAUAGGUGCAUUCACCUUAUAGCCAGUGUGAUAACCACUUUACAAGGUUUUUAUUUUUAUUUAUUUUUAUUUUUUUGAGUUGUAGGGGUUUAAUGGCACAGGCAGGGAGCCCAGCCAACAGCGAGUUGCUAUGGCAACAACACCAAGUUGAUAUGGUUUCUUUCCUCCAACAUAUGGAGAGAACAUAUUUUGUUCCAUUGGGGGAAUCUACCUUUGUUUCUUAAGUGUUUAGUGUUUCUCCAAGCUACAAUAGAAUGACUCACACCUGUUUUUCCAACUACAGUUAAAGUGAAAGAUUCUCAUUAGGUGAGUUGCUGGAUUGGAGUUUGGCAACAGAUCUUCUCUCCUGUGUGUGAGAGCGAGAUGGAGCUAGUUUCCCUCUCUCCACUUUCUCCUGAGUUCUAUUUGAUAUUUUGCAUGGUCUCACCGGUUCGGUGUGAUUUGUUGAAAAGAUCCUCUGUUAUGUAGACACACAAACUCCAGGGAGUAGUGUUAGCUCAACGUCAGCUCACUGACGUGUUCACUCUUCUAAAGGACAUGUAUCUUUUAGCUGUGCUGAGUCAAGAUGAUGGCUGUGUUUUAUCCAUCUGUGCUCUGGCUUUAUUUAGCCCUGGAGCUCUGCUUGGCUCACUGGAGCUGGUGUUUGUGUGGAUUGUGUGUGCAGUGUGUUCUGUGUGUACAAUAUAUGUGCUGCUGUGUGGUCUAUGGACUGUGUUGUUGUGCUGCCUGCUCAGUGUGGUCGUUGCUUAAAGACAAAUGACCCCAUUAGAAAGCACAGUGGGGGCGAUCCGUCAGAACCACCCUCUUUCUGCGUGCUCAGACACUGUCUGCCUGCCCUGCCCUGCCCACCAAAUCAAAUCAAAUCAUGUUAUUGGUCGCGCACACAUAUUUAGCAGAUGUUAUCGCAGGUGUAGCGAAAUGCUUAUGUUCCAACAGUGCAGUCAUUUACAAGUGCCACCACUCUGUUGUGGGGUUGUGUGUGUGACUGCACUGUGUAAAUGUUUGUGGUUGCAGUAUGAACAGUGCGUGUGUGUGCCAUGUGUGAGUGCAUGCGUGUGUGCGUGCAUGUGUGUGAGUACGUGUGUGUGUGAGUUUGUAUGUGUGUCACAGGAGGUUGGUGGCACCUUAAUUGGGGAGGAUGGGCUCGUGUUAAAGGCUGGAGCGGAAUGGUAUCAAAUGUGUUUGAAGCCAUUCCACUUGCUCCUUUCCAGACAUUAUUAUGAGCCGUCUUCAGCAGCCUCCUGUGGUGUAUGUGCAUGCAUGUUCUGUGUAUUUGUCAAAGCGAGCACUGCUGGGAGUCAAUGAGCACAGCACUCUGUGAAGCUGUGUCUCGCCUUCCUAAAUACAAGAUUAAUGAGAGCCUCGUAAAAAACAUGCUGAAGUCUUAUUAAAGCAGAACGAGGGAAGAAAACGGCAGAGAGAGCGGAGGAGAAGUUGUGUUCUACUUGGUGUGAGGGGCUAGCGAGGGGCGUAGGUACUGUACUGUACUGUAAUGUGUCUGGCUGGCUCUGCAAAGCUAACAGUCCUCAUCGAGCAUUCUGGGAGCUCAUUAACGGAGUCUGGGAGCUGGAGGAGACCCGGCAGUGGGGAUAGGGGAGCCAGCUCACUGAGCAGAACACAGCAGCCUGGCAGAACACUGUCUAGUUGCAGCAGCAGCAGAGUAGCUGAGGAAGAAGAGAUGCUGCCUGGGCCCAGGCCAGGUCCAGCUAGUAGAAUAAACCCAGAGUGACAGCCCUGAUCUGGAUCUACAUGGCCUUGUCUAAUCCAGACAGCUCUGGUCCCAACCAAUAGGGAGAGGAGGCAGGUGUAGAGGGAGAGAGAACUUUACAUAAGCUUUAAAACAUUAAAAUAGGUCUCAGCGCCCACCAGGUUAUUCUGUAUCUUCCCCAUUCCUACCUACUGGUCCUCAGUGGAUCCCCAGUUCUGAAGGUGUUGUGUUCUGCACCUCUGCCUUGCUGUAUCCUUCUGCUGUCAGCAUUGGUGAACCAACAGGCACCGUCACAUUAUUCCAUCCCACCCUAUCAGAAAGAGGAAAGAUGGCAUCAGUUGUGUGAAUGUUGGUCCUGACAUGCUGAUACAUUAUGCCAAUCUUAAUUGUGUUUGUUUGUCUUAUAAUCUGUAUAUUGUUUGUUACCUCUUUCAUGUUUGUACUCUCUGUCAAAUCCAUUCUAUCUGCCUCUCUCUCCCUCUCCUCUCCCCAAACAAACUCUCUCUCUCUUUCUCUCCUCCAGAGUCGUAGCCCGCGUCACUCCCAGUCCACCCAGUCUGGGCUAGCUGACCAGGCUGCUAAGCUGUCCUUUGCCUCAGCUGAGUCUCUGGCUGAGACCAUGUCUGAGGCUGACAUCCCCCUAGGGUUCAGCCGAACCAACCGCUUCCGCCAGAGCCUGCCCCUGUCUCGCUCAGCCAGCCAGAACAAGCUGCGCUCCCCAGGUGAGACCCAACACCCACACUGGAGCUAGAUGUGAUCCAGACAUUACAGAGACUAUACAUGACGUGUACAUGAUCACAUCUUAAUCUUUACCAAGAACUGCUACAGUAAGACAGCGCUCCCCAUGUGAGACCCACCACACACUGUACAGAGAAUAUACAGUACAUGAGAUCAGUGGAGGAAGGGGAGGACCAUCCUGCUCAGUGAAUUCCAUAAAAAUAAAAAUAGUUGAAACUUUAAAACAGUUAUCCUUUUGGAUAAAACUAUACUAAAUAUAUUCACAUGCCACCAAAUAAUUGAUUAAAACGCACUGUUUUGCAAUGAAGGUCUACAGUAGCCUCAACAGCACUCUGUAGGGUAGCACCAUGGUGUAGGCGGGGGACAGCUAGUUUCUGUCCUCCUCUUGGUACAUUGACUUCAAUACAAAAUCUAGGAGGCUCAUGCUUCUCACCCACUUCCAUAGACUUACACAGUUAUUAUGACAACUUCCAGAGGACAUUCUCCAAUCUAUCAGAGCUCUUGCAGCAUGAACUGACAUGUUGUCCACCCAAUCAAAGGAUCAGAGAAGUAAUCUAGUACUGAAAGCAUAAGCUACUACAGCUAGCUAGCACUGCAGUGUAUAACAUGUGGUGAGUAGUUGACUCAAAGAGAGAGAAAGACAAUAGUUGAACAGUUUUGAAAAAAUGCAUUUCCUUAAAAAUGAAGGAGAAGCAAGAGAGAGAGAGAGAGAUUGCUAUAUUUAGUUGUAUUUUUUUUUUAAACUUUCACUUAGCUAGCAAAUGCAGCUAGCUAGUUUAGCCUACUCAAACACCCAGCUCAAACAGAGAGGGAUGCUAUGUUAGCUAACUGGCUAUGGCUAUCCAAAACUGGAACUUUUCCAAAUCAAGGUUAGCUUUUGGUUUUAUUCAUUUAUUGCCCCUGCCGGUGUAACUGCUAAACUGCUUGCUAACUGUACACUGUACUGCAUGAUUGUAGUGGGUUUACUAACGCGUUAGUUCUAGUAGCUAUGUUGACUGACAUUAGCUAAUAUGGUGACAACAAUGUAGGCUGUGUGUAGCGGUUAGCGGUCAUGGUAUGAAGGUUUGGCUUAGAAAGUUUUUAUUGCCUGGUCGCAGACAGCUGAUGUGUUAUGCACUGAAGCCCACAAGCGAAGGGAAAAGGUGACAGGAGGACAGUGUGUAAAUGCGAGAAGGAAUUAACAUGAAAGUGAUCAUGCUGUUUGAAUGUGGCUGCUAUGAAAGUGAACUAUUCUGUUGAAAAACCUUUCUUAAGUGGAAGCAAACGGAACGAAACGGGGAUAAACAUACCUGAAUUUGUCCAAUAGAAAAUCUUGUUUGCAACUGUUGGACUAAAGAUUACACCCUAGAUCAGCUAGAUGCAGGCAAGUGUGCAAGGCGGUAUUGAAUGUGCCACUGUCUGUCACCUUGAUUACUCAAAUGUUUAUCUUGACCUAUACACCUACGUUGUAAACUUCAUUCAUAGGCUAGGUUGUAGCAACUUCAUGAUGGGUAUAGUUAAAAUGUGAGUUUCAUGUAGUAGCCUAAACCUAUAAAUGUUACAUUGAGCUGUGUGAUUGGAAUAUGAAUGACAGUCAUCCAAUAUGCUGUAAUAGAAAUAAGGCCAUGCUCAUAAAAUAAAUGAUCGUCCUUCCUCAUCUUAAACGGCACCGACCGCCAUUGCAUGUCAUAUACAGUACCAGUCAAAAGUUUGGACACACCCACUCAUUCAAGGGUUUUUCUUUAUUUUUACUAUUGUAGUAACCAAAAAAGUGUUAAACAAAUCAAAAUAUAGUUUAUAUUUGAGAUUCUUCAAAGUAGCCACCAUUUGCCUUGUGUCACGAUCGUCGUAAUGAUUGGACCAAGGCGCAGCGUGAAAUGCGUACAUCUUUUAUUGAGUACUUACACACAGCAACAAAACAACAAAACGAAACGUGAAGUCCUCGGUCAUAAACACAAACCUACACGGAACAAGAUCCCACAAAUGACAAGUGCACAAAAGGCUGCCUAAGUAUGGUACCCAAUCAGAGACAACGAGCCACAGCUGUCUCUAAUUGGGAACCCACCCCGGCCAACAUAGAAACACAUAAACUAGACAAGAACAUAGAAAACGAAACAUAAAACUACACGUCGAAACUAACACCCUGGCUCAACAUAUAAGAGUCCCUAGAGCCAGGGCGUGGACACCUUGAUGACAGCUUUGCACACUCUUGGCAUUCUCUCAACCAGAUUCAUGAGGGUAGUCACCUGGAAUGCAUUUCAAUUAAUAGGUGUGCCUUUUAAAAGUUAAUUUGUGGAAUUUAUUUCCUUCUUAAUGCGUUUGAGCCAAUCAGUUUUGUUGUGACAAGGUAGGGGUGGGGUAUAUAGAAGAUAGCCCUAUAUGGUAAAAGACCAAGUCCAUAUUAUGGCAAGAACAGCUCAAAUAAUCAAAGAGAAAUGACAUUACUUUAAGACAUGAAGGUCAGUCAAUACAGAAAAUGUGUGCAGUCGCAAAAACCAUCAAGCGCUAUGAUGAAAACUGGCUCUCAUGAGGACUGCCACAGGAAAGGAAGACCAUUAGAGUUACCAGCCUCAGAAAUUGCAGCCCAAAUAAGUACUUCACAGAGUUCAAGUAACAGACACAUCUCAACAUCAACUGUUCAGAGGAGACUGCGUGAAUCAUGCUUUCAUGGUUGAAUUGCUGCAAAGAAACCACUACUAAAGGACAACAAUAAGAAGAAGAGACUUACUUGGACCAAGAAAACACGAGCAAUGGACAUUAGAUCGGUGGAAAUUUGUCCUUUGGUCUGGAGUCCAAAUUGGAGAGUUUUGGUUCCAACCGCUGUGGCGGUUAAUAAAAAAGUUGUCAGAUUGACGCAGAUGCUAAGCUACAGGACUGUUUUGCUAGCACAGACUGGAAAAUGUUCCGGAGGAUUCUUCAGAUAGCAUUGAGAGUACACCACAUCAGGUCACUGGCUUCAUCAAUAAUGCAUCGAUGAAGUCAUCCCCCACAGUGACCGUACGUACAUACCCCAACCAGAAGCCAUGGAUUACAGGCAACAACCACACUGAGCUAAAGGGUAGAGCUGCCGCUUUCAAGGAGCAGGACUCUAACCCGGAACGCUUAUCCCGCUAUGGCCCUCCAACGAAACCAUCAAAACAGGCAAAGAGUUUCAAUACAGGAAUUAAGAUGAUUGAAUCGGACCCAGCGUCGGAUGGUGGCAGGGGCUGAAACUCCCCUUGACUGUAGCCAGGCGUGAAACUUCCGGCCAUGAAGCUGCCAACGGCCAGACGGAUUACCAGGACGUGUACUCCGAGCAUGUGCUGACCAACUGGCAAGUGUCUUCACCAACAUUUUCAACAUGGUCCCUGACUGAGUCUGUAAUAUUAACAUGUUUCAAGCAGACCACCAUAGUCCCCGUGCCCAAGGACACUAAGAUAACAUGCCUAAAUGACUACCGACCCGUAUAACUGACGUCUGUAGCCAUGAAGUGCUUUGAAAGAAUGGUCAAGGCUCACAUCAACACCAUUAUCCCAGAAACCCUAGACCCACUCCAAUUUGCAUACCGCCUCAACAGAUUCACAGAUGAUGCGAUCUCUAUUGCACUCCACACUGCCCUUUCCCACCUGGACAAGAGGAACACCUACGUGAGAAUGCUAUUCAUUGACUACCGCUCAGCGUUCAACACCAUAGUGCCCUCAAAGCUCAUCACUAAGCUAAGGAUCCUGGGACUAAACACCUCCCUCUGCAACUGGAUCCUGGACUUUCCGACGGGCCGCCCCCAGGUGGUAAGGGUAGGUAACAACACAUCUGCCACGCUGAUCCUCAACACGGGGGCCCCUCAGGGGUGCGUGCUCAGUCCCCUCCUGUACUCCCUGUUCACCCAUGACUGCAUAGCCAGGCACGACUCCAACACCAUCAUUAAGUUUGCCGACGACACAACAGUGGUAGGCCUGAUCACCGACAACAUUGAGACAGCCUAUAGGGAGGAGGUCAGAGACCUGGCCGUGUGGUGCCAGGAUAACAACCUCUCCCGCAACGUGACCAAGACAAAGGAGAUGAUUGUGGACUACAGGGAAAAAAAGAGGACUGAGCACGCCCCCAUUCUCAUCGACGGGGCUGUAGUGGAACAGGUUGAGAGCUUCAAGUUCCUUGGUGUCCACAUCACCAAUGAACUAUCAUGGUCCAAACACACCAAGACAGUAGUGAAGAGGGCACGACAAAGCCUAUUCUCCCUCAGGAGACUGAAAAGAUUUGGCAUUGUUUCUCAGAUCCUCAAAAAGUUAUACAGCUGCACCAUCGAGAUCCUCCUGACUGGUUGCAUCACCGCCUGGUAUGGCAACUGCUCAGCCUCCGACCACAAGGCACUGCAGAGGGUAGUGCGUACGGCCCAGUACAUCACUGGGGCCAAGCUUCCUGCCAUCCAGGACCUCUAUACCAGGCGGUGUCAGAGAAAGGCCCUCAAAAUUGUCAAAGACACCUUAGUCAUAGACUGUUCUCUCUGCUACCACACGGCAAGCGGUACCGGAGCGCCAAGUCUAGGUCCAAAAGGCUUCUCAACAGCUUCUACCCCCAAGCCAAAAGUCUCCUGAACAGCUAAUCAUGGCUACCCAGACUAUUUGCACUGCCCCCCCACCCCCACCCCAUCUUUUUACGCUGCUGCUACUCUGUUAAUUAUUUAUGCAUAGUCACUUUAACUCUACCCACAUAUUACCUCAACUACCUCAACUAGCCGGUGCCCCCGCACAUUGACUCUGCACCAAUACCCCCCCUGUAUAUAGCCUCCCUACUGUUAUUUUAUUUUACUUCUGCUCUUUUUUUCUCAACACUUUUUUGUUGUAGUUGUUUUAUUUUACUUUUUUAUUAAAAACUAAAUGCAUUGUUGGUUAAGGGCUGUAAGUAAGCAUUUCACGGUAAUGUCUACACCUGUUGUAUUCGGCGCAUGUGGCAAAUAACAUUUAAUUUGAUUUGAUUUGUGAGACGCAGUGUAGGUGAACGGAUGAUCUCCGCAUGUGUAGUUCCCACCGUGAAGCAUGGGGAAGGAGGUGUGAUGGUGUGGGGGUGCUUUGCUGGUGACACUGUCUGUGAUUUAUUUAGAAUUCAAGGCACACUUAACCAGCAUGGCUACCACAGCAUUCUGCAGCGACACGCCAUCCCAUCUGGUUUGGGCUUAGUGGGACUAUCAUUUGGUUUUCAACAGGACAAUGACCUAAAACACCUCCAGGCUGUGUAAGGGCUAUUUGACCAAGAAGGAGAGUGAUGGAGUGCUGCAUCAGAUGACCUGGCCUCCACAAUACCCCGACCUCAACCCAAUUGAGAUGGUUUGGAAUGAGUUGGACCACAGAGUGAAGGAAAAGCAGCCAACAAGUGCCCAGCAUAUAUGGGAACUUCUUCAAGACUGUUGGAAAAGCAUUCCAGGUGAAGCUGGUUGAGAGAAUGCCAAGAGUGUGCAAAGCUGUCAUCAAGGCAAAGGGUGGCUACUUUGAAGAAUCUUAAAUAUAAAAUAUAUUUUGAUUUUUUGGUUACUACAUGUGUGUUAUUUCAUAGUUUUGAUGUCUUCACUAUUAUUCUACAAUGUAGAAAGUAGUAAAAAUAAAGAAAAACCCUUGAAUGAGUAGGUGUGUCCAAACUUUUGACUGGUACAUGACCAUGUACAGGCAACAUCUUCCUCAUCCCAAAGCUUUUGUAAACUUCUUGCAUUAAAUGUCAAUUUACCAAUCUGAUCAGAAUGGCUUCAUGCCAUUUUCAUAUUAACAUUUACCUAGCUUAUCUGCUAUCUUAUGAAACCUUAUCUGCUUACAUAGUAAAUAAUUAUCAAUAAUUAUCAAACAUCUCAAAUCCCUUUCACGUUUUGUGGUUAUGCUUUCUUUGAAUUCACUAUUCAAUAUGAAUUCUUGUGAAAUUAUUGAAUCGUGAUAACAUUUGCAUAUUUUGUAACCAUUUCAUAAGCGUAAGUUAUGCACUCCAGGCUGGGUGUUGUUAUCAGGGACCAAUCACACAUCUCCUGGGUUAGUCAUGUAACCUACAACCUGGUGCCUCUUCACACCCUCAGAUCAGUGUGAUUAUUCUCUGCCUGCCUGCCCUGUGCUGCAUUACUGCUUACAUAACACUGGAUCAUCCAUGCCUUAGAUUGUGUCCCACUAUCUGAGGCACAACAACCAUAUACAGCCAUACACUGCACUGUAUUUCAUUAUUAGCACAGGGAUAAUAUAUUUAUAGACAUAACCUCAUGAUUCAGAUCCUUACGUAUUAUUCAUUUAUUUAUUCUACAGAGUCAUAUUGAGUGAACUCAGCGUUGGGACAGCUUUACAGUGUGGAUGGAUCAGACUUAUAAACAUUGGGGGGGUGUAGGCUAUGCUAAGCACGCAGGGAGAAACAGAGUGCUGUAAAACCAGUGACAGUGACGGAUGAUGAGCCCUUUGGAAGAGGAGUUUAGGCAGUGCUAUAGAACAGUGGCACUCUCUCACUCCCACCUCCUCCUGUCUAUUUAUCAACUCGAGUCUCUGACUCUCGUCACCUUCCCUCUAUCUAUCUCUCUCUCCUUUUUCUUUGAAUUUCAUCACCCCUUCCUCUAUGUUUCUAUUAUCUCCUGCUCUACCUUCAUCCUCUUCCUCUCUGUCUGUUUGACUUUAAAUUCUCUCUCCGUGGCCUAGGGUGGUCUAGCGGUGAUGGCUCAGCCUCCGGCACACAUCUACAGUGUCGGCAUAGGUUCCAAUCCGGCCUACUGACCUUUGACCCAACCUCUCUCUACCUUUCCCCACUGUCAUAAUCUCUGUCUAUCUAUUCAAUAAAGUAUUUAUCUCUCUCCUUCUCCAGGCGUGCUGUUCCUGCAGUUUGGGGAUGAGACGCGGCGGGUGCACAUCACCCACGAGCUGAGCAGCCUGGACACGCUGCACGCCCUCAUCGUGCACAUGUUCCCCCAGAAGCUGACGGCGGGGAUGCUCAAGUCCCCCAACACGGCCAUCCUGAUCAAGGACGAGGCGCGCAAUGUCUUCUACGAGUUGGAGGACAUCCGGGAUAUCCAGGACCGCAGCAUCAUCAAGAUCUACCGCAAGGAGCCCAUCUACGCCUCCUACCCAGCCACACACCUGGUCAACGGGGACCUGAGGGUGAGACAGGGAGGGGAGAGAAGGGUGAGGGAGGAGAGAAGGGUGCUGAGGAAGGGGAGGGGAGGGGGGGUGGAGCUGGGAUGGGGGUCUGAUAGGGGGAUAGGUGGAUGGAGGGCUCAUUAUUCUACUAUAAAUGCUGAUACUAUCACAUUACUGUUGGGCUUUAACCUUUGAAGGUGCAACAGCCCUUUUGUGUUUAUGUUGCAACAGUAAAUUUGACAGGUUGUGGAGGCGUAUGGGUUAUUUCUCCAGAUAUUCCCGCUGGGCAGUACUUUUAUCUUCAAGAUAACCAUUUGCUGCCUGGACACUAAAGAACAAUGUUGCCCAGGGAGAUGAACUUGUUUCACCCCCUCUGCAUGUCUCUGCUUUGGUUGAGUUCAAGGUAACUUGAAGUUGUUCUGUUUUCAGUCCCUAUCAUCUGUAUAUUCACAAUACAUUGAGGAUGAAUCAGCCAUUACCUAUGCAAGUAAUUAGAGUGUGUGUGUGGGUGGCUGUGUCUCUGUCUCUGUCUGUGUCUGUGCGUAUGAGUGUGUUUUCGUGUGUGUGUGUGUGUGUGUGUGUGUUUGUGUGUGUGCGUGCAGGCAUACUAAAAUCUAAAAAGUGUGUAUGGAGGAACAAAAUAUCCCAGAUGGACUGAACUAGAUUAAAGAGAGUUCUUAUUUCCAGAAGGGUAGAUGAUGUGGUAAAGCCAGGCCUUUGAAGAACAUUAAAGUUGCUGGCUCUUUGCUGGCUCUUUGUUCUAUGACAGUGUGUGUGUGAACUGCACACCCCCUUCUAGUUCAGUGCUGUACUUGGGACUGCCCUGCAUGUUAACUAACAUCUUGACAUUGAACUGCUCCCGUGUGUAUAUUUUUGGGUUUGUAUAGCUGGUUUUAACUGUGUUUUCAGGGUUUUAUGUAAGUGUGUGUCCCGACUCCUGUGUAGUGUGUGUGUGUGUGUGUGUGUGUGUGUGUGUGUGUGUGUGUGUGUGUGUGUGUGUGUGUACAAUAUUAAAGGCUUAGACCACACAGGCAAGCGGUGGAGGAGAGAAGAAAGAAGGAACCUGUGGUGGAUGAGGAAAUUCCUCACAUUCAUUCUAAUGAACGAGGAGUGGGUUAGGCUCCUGCUUUCUCUCACUUCUCUUCAAUAGAGAGGAAAUUGAUAUGUGCAGAUAUGGAGACAUGCUGAAUAUCAGCUCUUUGUAAUCCAAUGUAAUGCCAAUGGGUUUAGUUGGGUUGGUUAAAUGGAGCUCAGUGGUUCUCCUAGAUGAGUGGAAGGAGAAGAAAGAAACAGUGCGACAAUAAGGCUGGACUGGGCCCCUCUCUUAAGCUCUUUCACUUUCAGCCUCAGUUAUUACACUGUAAGGUGACAGUCAAUACAUGUAGGUAUUCCCAUAUCCUAUAAGCCUUACUGUACUCUUGGAUAGAGUCAUUACUAUAGACUUGAAUAACACGUGUUGAUUGUGUGGUGGUAUUUGAUGUGGGCUUGUAUAAAGAUGCUAUGAUUGCAUUGAUGAGCCCAGGCUGCCACAGACUGUCCAAUGUCAGUCUGAUCUCCUAUCCUCUGAUUGUCAGUCUGGCACAAAGGGGGAGCACAGCCUUUUCAUCCACUGGUAUCCAUGGUAACCUACCCUCCACCCCUGCCCCUGUUGUCGUUUCAGAGGGAUCUGGUGUAUACGUCCCGAGAGUCCUCCCCCACCCGCCGCCUCAACACCCUGCCCUCCUCCUCCGCCUCGCCCCCCUCCGGUACCCCAUCCCGCUCUCGUCUGUCCUACAGUGGGGGGCGGCCUCCCUCCUUUGCCGGGCCGGGUAGUCACCCCCAGCACCAACAACACUCCCAGCACCAGCAGCACCCCCAGCAGCACCAGCCCCAGCACUCCCACCACCCUGGGGCUGGCUCCCACCACGGGGGCCCCAAUGCCGGCCUGUCCUCAUCCCCUAGCGCCAUCCUGGAGCGUCGCGACGUCAAGCCCGACGAGGAGGUGUCUGGGAAGAACAUGAUGCUGGUGAAGAACGAGGGGUUGUACGCUGACCCCUACAGCCUGGUACAUGAGGGCCGCCUCAGCAUCGCCUCUACACAGUCACUGGCUGCCAUCGGAGACCCCUUCGGCUUCCCCGUGUCUGGUGGGCUGUACCGCCGUGGCUCUGUGCGCUCCCUCAGCACCUACUCUGCUGCCGCCCUGCAGGGGGAGCUGGAGGACGCCCUGUACAAGCCUGGAGGUCCCGUCUACUCCGACUCCUACUCCUCAGCCACACUGGGCAUGGGCUUCCGCAUGCCCCCAUCCUCCCCACAGAAAAUCCCUGAUAUGCAGCUGAGGGACAGGGGGGACUCGUACUCCAGCUCUCCCAACCGAGCCUCCCCGGUCAGGCAGACCUUCCGCAAGGACUCAGCCUCCUCUUCCAUGUUUGUGGAGAGCCCCAAGUCCAGGCCCAGUUCCAGCUCUGACCCUUUGGCCCUGCAGGCCGGGCCGGGAGGGGACGGGAGUAGGUUUGCGCCCGGGUACAGCUCCCCACUCCCUGGAGAAACUUCUGAGUCCAAGUGAGUGUGUGUGUGUGUGGUUUGAGAUUUCAUGCUUCCCCUAUACAGUAUGUAUGUGUUUCACUAGGUGUUUUCAAGUGUAUACUAGUAUGUUGUGACGUUACUGUGUGACGUGUGGGCGCAUGAGCUUGCAUGAUUGUGUGUGUGAGUGAACCUAACUGACCAGUGUGUGUUAACCUGCUGGCUUUCUCCAGGGAUCGUAUGGAGCGUCUGGACCGUAUGGAGGCCAUGGAGAAACAGAUAGCCAGUCUGACAGGCCUGGUUCAGAGUGUACUGACCAAAGCACCCGACAGUGACAGCACGUAA